AUGGCUCAAGAAGAGCGGCAUUCGAAGCCGCCUGGUAUCUUGCGAGGGGAAUCGUAUGAACAGACUCAGACCAAACCGGAAUGUGCUUCUCCGAGCUCGUACCUUGGUAUGAACACGCAAUACUCGCCUAAGGCGACCCCGAAGUCGGUGUCAAUUGAUCCUAAGACCGAAGUGAUCUCACCUCUUAUGAUCGGGAAUCAAAAGGAUGUGGAGGACCUCAAACUUGACAGUGGCCGAGUUUCCCGGAAGCCCUCUCUGGUGAAGAGAACGAGUUCGAGGCGACUCGCUGGCCGACCAAGCUACACGUCCAGUCCUUUCCUCAGACCCGAUAGUACGACAGACUUUGCCAACGAGGCUUCGGACGAUGAUAAUGCUUCGUCGGUCUAUUCACGGCACCGUCACUCCGGCCACCAUCUGGAGCAGUUCAUUGACCAGGUUUCUCAUUGGAUCAAAGAGGAGCGAGCGAAGCACUCAGGCGCGGACGCCGAGUCAAAGACCUCCGCCACCGACUCCACCACCGACUCCACCACCGAAGAUACAGAUGGCAAUAACGACAAGCGAUCUGGAAAUGCCUCUUCACAUGCAUUCGAUCUUGACAAGCUCGAAAGUAUCAUCAAGCACAAUCUGACCUUCGAUCGACACCGCAAGCACUCCAGGAACAAGAGCCCGCCUGUGCGACGCAAGCGCUCUCUGCUCAAGCUGCAUCGGAAGCAUUCUGGUUCCGAAGAUACUGAUGCCUUCGACGUUGAGACAGCGGUACCGAGCUGUGACGCCAUCCUGGACAAUUCGAAGACGUUAUCUUACACCGGCGGAGCGUCAGAAGACUCCGACUCCAGUGACGAUGACCUUCAACGGACUGCCUCAUACCGGGACCGCGAUGAGUGGGCGAGGUUCAAGUUUGAGAUUGUCAGACUCACGCACACACUACGACUGAAGCGAUGGCGUCGUGUACGACUGGACAGGAGCAACGAGAUCUCUGUUCAACGACUCAGCGGAGCUUUGACAAACGCUGUUUAUGUCGUCUCGCCACCGAGCGAGAUGCCGUCAGCACGUAACAACAGCGUUGACUCCACCGCGGGUUCACAGAAACCACCACCAAAGCUGUUGCUGCGCAUCUACGGUCCGCAAGUUGAGCACCUGAUCGACCGUGAAGCAGAGCUGGCCAUUCUUCGUCGCUUGGCUCGGAAGCGCAUCGGACCACGAAUGCUGGGUACUUUCGGCAACGGCCGCUUCGAAGAGUACUUUUACGCGGAGACGCUCACCCCGGAAGACCUACGCAGCCCGGACACCAGCCGGCAGAUUGCUAAGCGGAUGCGGGAGUUGCACGAUGGAAUCGAGUUGCUAGAUCGAGAACGCGAUGAUGGACCUUUCGUAUGGCAGAAUUGGGACAAAUGGGCCCCGCGAGUCGAGCAAGUAGUAUCCUGGCUUGAUUGUCAGAUCGACAAGUUGCAGCCGGGCGUCAAGCCCUCGGGGGCUGAAGCAUGGAAACGCCGAGGAUACAUCUGUGGCGUGCCCUGGAAACAGUUCCGGCAGAUGGUGGAAGCCUACCGGAAGUGGCUGAUCGCCCAGUAUGGUUCGACAAGGCGUGUCAAGGAGCAGCUCGUUUUCGCCCACAACGACACCCAGUAUGGCAACAUCCUGCGGCUCAUGCCAACUGGAGAGUCACCUCUGCUGCUCCCGCAAAACACACACAAGCAAUUGGUCGUGAUCGAUUUCGAAUACGCAAGCGCCAACACACCCGGGCUAGAGUUCGCCAAUCACUUCACCGAAUGGUGCUACAACUACCAUGAUGAGCGCAAGCCGUACGCCUUCCACCCCAAUCGCUACCCAACGCCGGAAGAGCAGGACCGAUUUGUCCGUGCUUACGUCCGCCACCGACCUGAGAUCAACGUCUCGACGCCAAAAGCAGGACCCACUACACCCACUAUGCGUGCGAAUGAUCAGAGCAGCGGCAACACGCUAAGCAGGCGACCGACCUCCAACAUCUCAGACUUUAUGCUCGACGCUCGAACGCCGUCAACUGAUUCCCUGGGCUACUUCGGUGAGGAGGCUGCGCGCAAGAAGGGGGAGGACAAGGAGGUCGCUCGCAUCUUGCACGAGACACGCUUGUGGCGCCUCGCAAACACCGCCAUGUGGGUUGCUUGGGGCAUCGUCCAAGCCAAAGUGCCAGGCAUGCCCGAUUUCAGCUCCGAAGGCAAGAUGGAGCCAGAUGAUGAAGGCGAAGAAGCUGGGAGAGAAGACCUUGGUGAGCGGGCGGAUGAGUAUCGGGACUUGGUUGCUCAACAGCAGCAGGAAGAUGGGGAGGAAGAGGCGCAAGAGGAAGUGGUUGAGGAGGAAUUUGAUUAUCUGGGAUAUGCACAGCAUAGGGCUUUGUUCUUCUGGGCGGAUGCGAUACAGCUUGGUUUGGUGAAGGCUGAGGAGCUGCCCGAGGAGUUGAGGGAGAAGGUGAAGGUUGUGCCGUACUAA